AAUACCGUUGAAUAUUCAAACACAGGGUUUUAUACAAGACCAUCAAAGAUAUACACUUGUAUACUACCAUUUACUUUCUAAUUAUUGUAAGAUUUAUUCUUUUACUUUGUUGAUUCGAGCGUAAAAAUAUGUCAUUAUUUUGAAAGUUGGGAGCGGAAGUUCUGGUGGCCUUGUUGCUGCUUUGAUUAGUUCUUCAGUCAACAGUUUGGAUGCCCAUUGAACAAAAUUCUGCUUUAAAUGGGAAGAUAUAAAUGUGCGUACGAAUGCGAAAGCUCCGGCGAGUCGGAUGUGAAGUAUUUUAAAUUUCCCCUGUACAAUCCCCGAAAGCUCAAGAAAUGGCUCGGCAACAUGAAGUUGAAGGACUGGAACCCGACUCGCUUCUCUGUGCUGUGCAUCAAUCACUUCGAGGAAAAACACAUCGACAGGACGGGAAAAUGUGUGAAACUUCGGGAAGACGCGGUUCCCACCGUAUUUUCAUCUCCUGGCAAAACACAGAAAAGAGAGGCUUCCAGUGAACCAAGAAGAAAGAGAUUCAAGUCAGCUGGUGCUAAAACCUCACAGAGGAGUCCGGCUCCGUCUCCAGCGGUCACUCCUACCGCGGCAAAGAGAAGCGCCCAAAACCAGGAGCCGAGCCAGGCGGAGGAAGAGCCUCACGGGGACAAAGACCCCCAAACGUCACAUGACAAAUGGAGGAUUAUAGUAGAUGAAGGACUGAUGAAGAUUGAGUCAUUUCCACACUUCUUCCACGGAGAUUAUUGCGCACCGCGGGGUAUCCAGUGGGCUCCAGAUGACGAUUUGAGUACCGACCGGGAAGACCCGGAGAAGGUGAUCGAUGUGAAAGAGCCGUGGCAGUGGCUCGGUCUGGACGUCAGAGGGCCGCUGCCCCAAACGCUGAACGCACACCGGUACAUCCUGACUCUAACGGACUACUUCUCCAAGUGGGUGGAGGCCGUGCCCAUGCAGUCAUGCCUCCCCGAGGACGUAGUGAAGAACGUGGUUGACAUCAUUGCCCACUUCGGGUACCCGAUUAGGAUACUAUCCAGACUUCCUCAUGGCAUAGUCCACAAAAUCAACAGAGAACUGAAAGAUCAGCUGAAGGUCACCGUCGCUCUCGUCGUCUACCAUCAGCAGACGGGCACCAUGGAUUUAAUCACUCAGCAGCUGAUUGACAGGAUGGUAAGCGAUCUGGUAGAGGAGCAUGCGGCCGACUGGGACGUCUACCUGCCCGCCAAGGUGUUCAGCCUGUGUUUCAAAGAGCACGCCAAGACCAAGGAGAGGCCCUUUUCAGUGCUGUGUUGUAGGGGACUGGAGCCCGUCACAUCCCCCAGAGGACUGGACUUUGCUUAUUCCAAGAUCCAAGAGAGUGGUUUUGUUAUUCGAUAGAUCUCUACAGUUCAUUUGGUCGAUAGAUGUGGAAUUUUGUACGGAGUUGGUUUUUAUCAACACAUAGAGGGGGACGAGUAUUUUCAGAUCCUGAAAGCGUUCUGACUGCAGAGGACUGCCAUGGAAAAGUGCUGGAACUCUUCAGGCUUUUACGGCCACAUGGGGAAUGUUUACAUCAUCUGUCACUCUGCCGAUGACUGCAGUUGAAUCCAGAUUAUGUUUUGGUUUUGACCUGUUUCUUGCACUGCUUGUAUCAUUGUUUUGAAAUUCAUCUUUCAUAUUAGAAUAUUAUGUGUCCUGCUAGAAGAGCAAAAACAGAUUUACCAGAUAAGAGGUCUUAGUUUAUACUUAAACCUCAUGCGUCAGAUUUACGUUAUCAGGAUUUAUUUGUACUUUUGAGGCCACUGUGCCAGAUUUAUGGCCUUGUUCCAUCAGUGUUUUGUGAAACUGAUGAAUCCUCAUCCAGUUCUCUCAGUUGGCAAAUCUGUGUAUAAAAUGUAAAACGUGUAAAUAAAGAUGCGUUAAAUUUG